AUGGAACGCGCAGAAAGAGAAAAAGAGCAGUUGAAUCAAACUAUUGUGGAGUUACAGGCUACACUAGAAAACCUCCGAAACGAACAUCAAGCCAAAGAUCAAAAAGAACUGGCUGAGCAUAGGAAAAAGCAGCACGAUCAGCAAGUCGCUGCUAUGGAAGAAUCAAUUCGCGCUCUCACUGAAAGAUGCACUACAUUAUCAAUCGAGUUGAAGGAAAAGGACAAACAGUUGCGGGAAAAAAGCAGGCGUCUUCAGGAAGUUGAGAACAAAAAUUCGCAAGUGGUUAGCAUUGCUAUCAAAAUAUACUUAGUACUCGCACUAUUUCAGCAGCCGGAAGCGCUAAUGGAAAAAAUACUGAACGAGUUCCAACUCAAGAAAAUUGAAGAGGAUAGAAGGAAAGAAGCAAAUGAGAUUUUCAACAACAAAAUGGCCAAGUAUCACGAACAGUUGGUGGGUUGAAC